CAGAAAGAGUCAAAGGUUGCAUCAUCGAUCCAUCACACCCCUUGCAUCGGAAGCCACUUCUCGGAAGUGCCAGGCGUGGACUGCGUGGAGUGCGUGGAGCUGCAGCACGCAUCGUCGCGUCCGGUGCGUGAGGGGUUAAACGUCACGUCUGGCGGGGAGUGGGAGCUGGUGUCGGAGCGGGGAGGACGUGGAAGAAAAGAGGACGUGAAUCCGCGCCGCUGCUGCUGCUCGCCCACGACGGCGUCGCCUUGACCAGCAUCGUCCCGAAGAUGUGGCGAUGAUCGCGACACGUUCACCGUCAGCUGUAUUCUGCGUGGAUUUAUUGCUUUCCCCCACGACUGACGGACAAAACCAUCGUUUCCGGUGUUGUCCUCGCCCAGCAUGGGGUCCCACACGAGACAGACACGUUGACAUUAUUAUUAUUAUUUUUUUUAACCACUUUUUGUCAUGGCUGUUUCCACACCUGUGCCGUGUAAUGACGUCCACUCGCCGAUGAAAGGCGUUUAGCUCAAAGCGACGAGAGGCGGAAGUCACGUGACGUCACGUCAAUAGUAAAGGGCCAGGUGUCGCCAUGGACGACUCGGGCAUCAUUCGAAGACGCAGGCUGCAGAAGGAUCUUCCACUGCCACGGAAAAGUAGCAGUUGCAGGACGAGCAACAGGAAAAGCCUCAUUCUGACCAGCACCUCCCCGACCCUGCCAAGGCCCCACUCCCCACUGCCAGGGCACAUAGGAAGCAGCCCAUUGGACAGCCCUCGCAACUUCUCACCAAGUGGACCCGCCCACUUUUCCUUCGCUUCUUCCAGAAGGCCUGAUGGACGCAGAUGGUCCCUGGCGUCCCUCCCCUCCUCAGGGUAUGGCACCAACACUCCCAGUUCCACGUCGUCCAGCUCGUCCCAGGAGCGCCUGCACCAGCUGCCCUUCCAGCCCACCAUGGACGAGCUGCACUUCCUGUCCAAGCAUUUCGGCAGCACGGAGAGCAUCACGGAUGACGACGGCGGCCGCCGCUCGCCGCAUGUCCGUCCUCGCUCCCGUAGCCUCAGCCCGGGGCGCUCGCCCUCCUGCUACGACAAUGAAAUGGUGAUGAUGAACCAUGUGUACAAGGAGCGCUUCCCCAAGGCCACAGCUCAGAUGGAGGAGAGGCUGGCGGAGUUCAUCCACAACUACUCCCCUGAGAGUGUACUGCCCCUGGCCGACGGGGUCCUCAGCUUCAUCCAUCACCAGCUGGCUGAGCUGUCCCGGGAUUGCCUGACCAAGUCGCGGGAGGGCCUCAUCAGCAGCGUUUACUUCUGUGAGCUUCAGGAGAACCUGGAGAAGCUCCUGCACGACGCCUACGAGCGCUCGGAGAGUUCCGAAUUGACCUUCGUCAUCGAGCUGGUCAAGAAGCUCUUCAUCAUCAUCUCUCGUCCUGCCCGGCUGCUGGAGUGCUUGGAGUUUAACCCGGAGGAGUUCUACCACCUUUUGGAGGCGGCAGAGGACCACGCCAAGGAGGGCCAGCUGAUGAAGGCGGACAUCCCUCGGUACAUCAUCAGCCAGCUGGGUCUCACCAGGGACCCGCUAAAAGACAUCGCCAGCCUGGACAGCUACGACAGCGAAGGUCCACACACGCCCGAGACAGAUGACUCCACAGAGGGGAAGGCGAGGGCCAUCAAGCCGCCGAGCGAGGAAGACUUUCAGAACAUCAAACUGAUCAGCAACGGAGCUUACGGGGCGGUCUACCUGGUGCGCCACAGGGAGACCCGUCAGCGCUUUGCCAUGAAGAAGAUCAACAAGCAGAACCUGAUCCUGAGGAACCAGAUCCAGCAGGCCUUUGUGGAGCGGGACAUCCUCACCUUCGCCGAGAACCCCUUCGUGGUGUCCAUGUUCUGUUCCUUCGAGACGCGCCGGCACCUGUGCAUGGUGCUGGAGUACGUGGAGGGCGGGGACUGUGCCACCUUGUUGAAGAACAUCGGGGCGCUCCCUGUAGAACUGGCCCGCAUGUACUUUGCCGAGACCGUCCUGGCCCUGGAGUACCUGCACAACUACGGCAUCGUCCACAGAGACCUCAAACCUGACAACCUGCUGAUCACCUCCAUGGGACACAUCAAGCUGACAGACUUUGGCUUGUCCAAGAUGGGCCUGAUGAGCCUCACCACCAACCUGUACGAGGGCCACAUCGAGAAGGACGCCAGGGAGUUCCUGGAUAAGCAGGUGUGUGGGACGCCCGAGUACAUUGCCCCCGAGGUGAUCCUGCGCCAGGGCUACGGCAAGCCUGUGGACUGGUGGGCCAUGGGCAUCAUCCUCUACGAGUUCCUGGUGGGCUGCGUGCCUUUCUUUGGAGACACCCCCGAGGAGCUGUUUGGACAGGUCAUCACAGAUGACAUCGUGUGGCCUGACGGUGAGGAGGUCUUACCUGCAGAAGCCCAGGCCCUCAUCUCCACCCUACUGCAGACCAACCCCCUCCUGAGGCUGGGCACAGGCGGGGCCUACGAAGUCAAAGAGCACGCCUUCUUCACGGAGCUGGACUGGAACAGUUUGCUGCGGCAGAAGGCCGAGUUCAUCCCUCACCUGGAGUCUGAGGAGGACACCAGCUACUUUGACACGCGCUGCGACCGUUACCACCACAUCAACGCCUACGACGGGGACGACACCAACGACGACGAGCCGGUGGAGAUCAGACAGUUUUCCUCCUGCUCGCCUCGGUUCAGCAAGGUGUACAGCAGCAUGGAGCACCUCUCCCAGCUGGAGCACAAGGCUUCCACCUCCGUCUCCCGCCGGGAGCACAAGGGCCCGAGGGAGGACAAGGUGACCAAGCGGGAGACUCUGGGAAGCUUCAGCAUGAGAGACAAGAGCUGGAGGACCGGCUCGCCCGAAAUGAAGCGGCUGUCCUGCUCAGAGUCGCUCUACAUGGACGGAGAUGCCAGUCCUCCUCUCGGCGCUCGGCGGCGCUUCUCGGCUUUGAUGGACACGCAUCGCUUCGCCUCGCCCAUGGAGGGUGAGUCCGACUCCCUGACCAGGCCAUCCCCCUUCAAGGUCCGGGGCACCUCCCUGGACGGGGCCGGCGCUCCGUCUGCAAACCUCGUGGAGCCGAGGAACAGUCUGAGAGAGGUCAACGGAGCAGACAAGUCCCCCAGGCAGGGAGACACACCCGGAGUGACAAUCAUCAGCACGUCGGCGCCAGUGGCCCGUGACGUAGUGACAGCGCUCUACGACCCCCUGGGGCCCCGGGCCACCAACGACCUGGUCCUGCGGAGGGCCCGUCACUCGCAUUUGUCCGGCGACGGAGAGAAGCGCACCUCCAGAGCCGGCAACAAAGUCAUCAAAUCCGCUUCGGCCACCGCCCUAUCCGUCAUCAUACCGUCUGUGGACCAGCAUGGUGGAUUCUCCCCACUGGCCAGUCCCAUGUCGCCUCAUUCCUUCUCCUCCAAUCCCUCGUCCCGCGACUCCUCUCCCAGUCGGGACUUCUUCCCCACGGUCAGCGUGCUGCGCUCCCCCAUCACCAUCCACCGCUCGGGGAAAAAGUACGGCUUCACCCUGCGAGCCAUCAGGGUCUACAUUGGAGACAGCGACAUCUACAGCGUGCACCACAUAGUCUGGCAUGUGGAACAAGGCGGCCCCGCCCAGGAAGCUGGUCUGUGUGCGGGCGACCUCAUCACUCAUGUCAACGGAGAGCCUGUCCAUGGUCUGGUCCACACCGAGGUGGUAGAGCUCAUCCUCAAGAGCGGCAAUAAGGUGACAGUGACAACCACGCCAUUUGAGAACACCUCCAUCAAAGUGGGUCCGGCCCGCAAAGCCAGUUAUAAAUGUAAGAUGGCUCGCAGGCACAAGAGGACCAUGGGCAAGGACGGACAGGACAGCAAGAAGCGGAGCUCUCUGUUCCGCAAGAUCACCAAGCAGUCCAACCUCCUGCACACCAGCCGGAGUCUAUCCUCUCUGAACCGCUCGCUGUCCUCCAGCGAGAGUCUACCGGGCUCGCCCACCCACAGCCUCUCUGCCCGGUCACCGACUCAAGGAUACCGCUCCUCCGCCGAGCCCUCCUAUCUGGGUGCUUCGUCUCAAAGCAGCUCUUCGGCGUCCAGCACUCCAAACUCACCCGCUCCCUCCCAGCACAUGAGACCCAGUUCCCUCCACGGCCUCUCCCCCAAACUCCACCGCCAGUACCGCUCUGCCCGAUGCAAGUCGGCGGGCAACAUCCCCUUAUCCCCUCUGGCCCACACCCCCUCGCCCACCCAGUCAUCGCCUCCUCCGCUACCGGGACACACCGUCGGGAGUUCCAACACCACCCAGACUUUCCCGGUCAAGCUCCACUCCUCGCCCCCGGUCGUCCGCCCCCGGCCAAAGAGUGCGGAGCCCCCGCGGUCGCCGCUUCUAAAGCGCGUGCAGUCGGCGGAGAAGCUGGGCUCACCUCUGACCCAGUCCAGCACCACCGGAGGACUCGGGGGUCCGUUGAGGAAGCACAGCCUUGAGGUGCAGCACUCAGAGUACCGCAAGGACGCCUUCCUGUGCGAGCUGGGCCUCCAAAGCCUGCUGGAGACAGACGGGGAGAGUCUACCUCCGAACCCCCCACCCCUGCCGAGUUCCUCAUCCUCCACGGGUUCAGAGACCCGCGUGCUGAAGCCAGUGAGAAGAUUGGGCAGGCAAGAGUCGCCGCUCAGCAGGGAGACUCUGCUCAUGGCUGGAAGAGAGAGGGACGAGAAGGAGCGAGGAAGAGAGACCGGAAGUGAGACGGUCAUGGAAAGGCUAAGCCGCUUUGAAGCCGCCGCCGCUGCCGCCCAGACAUCUUUGACGAGAAAGCCUCACGCAGAGCCCGCUUCGAGCACUACUACCAAAACCGGAGACGGGGCUGAGAAGGUCCCCCAGCGCCCGACUCCAAAACAACUCGACCUCAAGGCAGCCAAAAGUGGUCUCUCUGACUGUAAAACGCACCACAAGGCAGGGGGUACGGAACCAAAGCAGGAGGGAGACCCUAACAACGGUCCUAGUUUACUGUGUGCUGCGUUAAACAAGAACUCCUCCACACCUCUGGAAAAAAACAUCAUCACGACACUGACUGCGAGUCCGCUCGCUUUGCGGAAAGUCUUUAAACCCUUUGGGAUGGGGGACAGUUUGAGAAAAACCGAGAGUGGUGAUUCAAGGACUUCAGACGUAGCCUCCAAGAGCCCCAAACUGCCAGCUCGGGUCCUUGCCCCUGCCGUGCCCCCGCAUGGACAGCCGCUGACUCUGGGCAAAGUGAGGCAAGGUCUGGGGGCGGUUAACUGCUACCGGGGGACGCUGGACUGGGAGGACAAGUGUCGCCUGGAGGUCCUGGAGGAGCAUUCGCCCUCGCCCUCUCCCUCCCCGACCGGCGUCACCCCAUCCCUGUGCGGACCCUCCCUCUGCAAGUCACGCCCCGUCUCCCCCGGAGACAAGACCAGCUUUGUCAGCCAGUUGACCACCGUGGCCAAGAACGUGCUGGGCCCCAUCAAGCUGGGCUCCCAUGAGGGCUCCAAGAGCAAAGAGCAGCAGACUAAGGCGGCGGACGAGAAGCAGGCGACGGCAGCAGGGAAGUACGACCUUCCCGCAGGAAGUCGAGGGCUGGCGGCGACCAAAGGCUCGGCGAAUUCCUCCCUGGAGAAGGCGACCUCAGGUGCCCACCAGCCCAAAAUAUGACAGAAAUGCCUUUUUUGGAUGCAACCGGAAUGGAGCACUUUGAACGUUGUACAUUCCACUUUUAGAGUUUAUCAAAAUCUUAUUUAUUGAUUCCAGUCGUGGACUCAGUCGGCCUUUAAGCAAGAGUUAGACCAACCCACCACAACUUAGGACCUUUUAAUAAGAAGAUUCUUGAUGUUUUGUGGAACGCUUCACGUGUGAGUCUAGUGGGAGUGGAUGCAUCUAAGACUUCAGGGGUGUCCAAACAUCUCCACUUGGGGGCCACAUUGAGCUCAAGAAAUUUGGCCCGGGGGCCGAAAGCCAACUGCACGUAAAACAACUAUAUAUAUAUAUAUAUAUAUAUGUGUGUAUAUGUAUAUGUGUGUGUGUGUGUGUAUACAAAUAUAUAUACAUAUAUAUAUAUAUAUAUAUAUAUAUAUAUAUAUAUAUAUAUAAAGUCACACAUACACUGCAAAACAUACACAUGCUGUAAAAACACAUAUAUUCAGUAAAAACACAUACAUGAAAACACAUAUAUACAAUAAAACACACACAUGCUGUAAAAACACAUAUAUACAGUAAAAAUACACGUACAGUAAAACUACACAUAUUCAGUAAAAACACACACAUAUACUCUAAAAACACAUAUAUACAGUAAAAAUACACAUACAGUAAAAAUACACAUAUUCAGUAAAAACACACACAUAUACUCUAAAAACACAUAUAUACAGUAAAAACACACAUACAGUAAAAACACAUCGACAGUAAAACACACACAUGUAUACUGUAAAACACACAAAUACUCUAAAAACACAUAUUUUGUAAAAACAUACUGUAAAAACACACACAUAUAUGCUGUAAAAACACACAUAUACAGUAAAAAUACACACAAUAAAAACACAAAUAUGCAGUAAAAACACACAUACAGUAAAAACACACAAGCAGUAAAACACACAUACAGUAAAAACACAUAUAUGCAGUAAAAACACAUAUAUACAGUAAAAACACACGUAUACAGAAAAAACACAUGCAGUAAACACACACAUAUACAGUAAAAACACACGUAUACAGAAAAAACACACAUACAGUAGAAACACACAUAUGCAGUAAAAACACACACACACUGUAAAAAACCAUAUAUGCAGUAAAAACACAGUAAAAUCACACACACAUACAGAAAAAACACACAUGCCGUAAAAACACACAUAUGUAGUAAAAACACAUAUCUACUGUAAAAACACACACAUAUACAGUAAAAACAUACAUACACAGUAAAAAAACACAUGUACAGAAAAAACACAUAUACUGUAAAAAUACACACAUAUACAGAAAAAAACACACACAUACUGUAUACUGUAAUAACACACACAUAUACAGUAAAACCACAAAUAUGCUGUAAAACACACAUACAGUAGAAACAAACAUAUACAGUAAAAAAACACAUAUGCAGUAGAAACACACAUAUGCAGUAAAAACACACAUAUACUGUAAAAGCACACAGAUAUACAGUAAAAACACACAUAUAUAUUCUAUAAAAACACACAUACUGUAAAAACUAGGGCUGGGCAACAGUUGAAAAUUUUAAUCGCGCUAUUUCUCCGAUUAAUCACGAUUAACUGCAUUGUAUACGCAAAGCCCCAUAAUGAAUUCAAAAGUAGUGUGUAGUGCACCCUUAUUGGAAUAUUCUCCCAUAUGAACAAAAGUGUCAAAACAUUUGUUGUGCAAACACAAUUAAGAUCAGUCCUUGUUAAACAGGAGCAGUUAAAUUGCAUAUUUUAUGAAAAUCAACUCAAAAAAGGUAAAUACAAACAUUCAAGCUUAUUGCCACUACCAGAGUAUUUAAGUUAUCCUGUUUGUUAUGGAAAAUAAAUUUUGAUUGAUACUUUUAUUAGUAGAUUGCACGGUACAGUACAUAUUCCGUACAAUUGACCACUAAAUGGUAACUUCCCAAUAAGUUUUUCAACUUGUUUAAGUCGGGGUCCACGUUAAUCAAUUGGUAAAUAUAAUCUCCAUACAAAUCUCUGAGCCACAAUCAUAACAUCCGAACAGGCAAUUUCUGAGGUAACAGCAGAAACAUUUUCUUUUAUCAGGGAGAAAGAAAAGAAAGGGUGAAGCACAAAACACUUCACAGCUGGGAUUUCCUUUACAGGGGACUAGAAUGUAAAGUCCAUGUUAAUAAUGGAGUUCCUUCAGAGAAACUCACUCAACUCGGUGCAGUUUGUUCAUUCUUAGAACUUGCGGCCAUUAAUUUUAAAUCUACUGCCCUAUGAAUUAAAGUGCCAUAACAUUUUCUGUGCAAACAGACUUUUAACACUGCAUAACUUCAGUAAUGUGCCCUGCGCAUAUUUCAGCAUAAUGCCUCUCCUCUGUUUUCAUGAUAGACAGAGCAUGUGAAUGCACUUUUCACCAAUAUAAUGCACUAUAUCUCCCAGGUUAUUAUGCUCACAGAUUGAUUUCCAGUAGUCCCCACUGAGAGCAACUACAGCUGCACGUUGUAAAGUUGUCACUUUUACAGUCCUUUCCUUUUCAUACAACUCGUGUAUUCUUCGUGCGAUGGCGCGUCUUGAUGGCGGCUCAUACGUGCUGUCACUUGUUGCGAUUAGCACAACGUUUCUCAGGCCGGCGUCUUCCACAACACUAAUGGGCCUAGAGUCUCUGACUAUCCACUUCGCUAUGGCAUUUGUUUGCUUCUCUUGCUCUCCUUUAUCUCUACUUCCCCCCACACUGCAUUUAACGAAGUCUGCCGAAGCCUGGCUCCGCUUUCUGCUUUGUUGAAUGGUUUGCUCGCAUCAACAGUGCGCUUCGCGUUCAGGUGAUGUUUUAGACUGGAAGUACUCCUGUGAUAAGAAAAUUCAGCUUGGCAGUGGCUACAAACCACUUUGCUUCUGUCAAAUCUGCCGCCUGGAAUUACUUUAUAAUGAAAAUGACUCUGUAAAAGUUCUGUUGCUUUACCCUUCUUCAUCAUGCUUGUUUUGUUUUUUUCCGCGUUCUCUUUCCUUUUCUGCAGGAGCCAGAAAUAGGCGUUAACGAAAUAAAAGCAUGUAAACAACAUACGCAAAUGCGCGAUAAAAUAAUUGUCGGCGUUAAUAGAUUGAUGAGUUAACUCAAAAUUAACGCAUUAACUUGCCCAGCCCUAGUAAAAACAAACACAUAUACAGUAAAACACACACAGCAGAAACACACAUAUAUUCUGUAAAAACAUACAUAUACAGUAAAACACACAUUUACAGUAAAAACACAUACUGUACAUUCUGUAAAAACACACAUACUAUAAAAACACAUAUACAGUAAAAUCACCCACAUAGAGUAAAACACACACAUAUACAGUAAAAACACACAUACAGUAAAAACACAGAAUAAAACACACAAAUAUACAGUAAAAACACACAUAUAUAUUCUGUAAAAACACAUACUAUAAAAACACAUACACAGUAAAAACACCCACAUACAGUAAAACACACAUAUACAGUAAAAACACACAUAUAUAUUCUAUAAAAACAGAGUAAAACACAAAUAUACAGUAAAAACACACAUAUAUAUUCUGUAAAAACACACAUACUAUAAAAACACAUACAGUAAAAUCACCCACAUACAGUAAAACACACACAUAUAUAUUCUAUAAAAACACAGAGUAAAACACAAAUAUACAGUAAAAACACACAUAUAUUCUGUAAAAACACACAUACUAUAAAAACACAUAUACAGUAAAAUCACCUACAUACAGUAAAACACACACAUGUACAGUAAAACCACAGAAUAAAACACACAAAUAUACAGUAAAAACACAAUAAAACACACAAAUAUACAGUAAAAACACACACAUAUAUAUUUUAUAAAAACACACAUACUGUAAAAACACACAUACAGUAAAAACACAGUAAAACACACAAAUAUACAGUAAAAACACAUAUAUAUUCUGUAAAAACACACAUACUAUAAAAACACAUAUACUGUCAAAACACCCACAUAUACAGUAAAAACACAUAUAUAUUCUAUAAAAACACAGAGUAAAACACAAAUAUACAAUAAAAACACACACAUAUAUAUUCUGUAAAAACACACACAUAUACAGUAAAAAACACACAGCAGAAACACACAUAUAUUCUGUAAAAACAUACUUAUACAGUAAAACACACACAUUUACAGUAAAAACACAUACAUUCCGUAAAAACACACAUUAUAAAAACACAUAUACAUUAAAAACACAGAAUAAAACACACAAAUAUACAGUAAAAACACACACAUAUAUAUUCUAUAAAAACACACAUACUGUAAAAACACACACAUAUACAGUAAAAACACAGUAAAACACACAAAUAUACAGUAAAAACACACAUAUAUAUAUACUGUAAAAACACAUACUAUAAAAACACAUAUACAGUAAAAACACCCGCAUACAGUAAAACACACACAUAUACAGUAAAAACACA